UUUCUACCCCUCAUAUCAGCUUGCAGCUCAGACUCCAGUGUCUACACUCAAUGGUCUUUUGUAUGUAGACACUGAAUAGGCACUGUACAGUCUCACUCCUCCCUCACCAGUUCAACCUCCCUCCCUCUCACCCCUCCUCUUUUACGCUUCCUAGCAAGUGCUUGUCCCUUGACACAAUUACUGACGUCACAGGUGGCUUGAUGAGCUUCCCUGCAGUGCUUUGUUCAGCGUGAUCAGUUUUGGAAUCAAGUUGAGGGAGGAGGCAGCUGGCUGCCUGAAAGCAUCAGGUGUGCGUACAGAGGCGGAGAGAAAGAAGAGAAGAGGAACCGCAAUCAGAUGAAUGAGCUGCGCUGCACAGGACAUGUGAUAGGACAGCAGGACCGUGCUGGGUCAAUAGUGGCAUGUUUUUGUCUGAAUCAAGAUACAAGGACAGCCGUUAGAGGGAGAUGAACUUGUAUUCACUUUUUGGGAACUGGGCGGACUAAACGAUUGUCAAUAAAUUACCAUUACCACUAGUUUGUCUUUGGACUUGCGCAUAAGGGUGAGCUGUUCUUCUGCUGGACCAUGACUAGCAAGCAAAGAAUCCAAUGGAGGUCCAUGUGCAAAAGCCUGGUCCUGGGUACAUUCCUGACAAGCUGCAUGAUCUUUGUUUACUGCCUCUCCACUUCACAGGUCCACUUCAGUCUGCCUGAGGUUCCGGUGCCUUAUUCCUGCGCCCACCGUCCAACACAGUCCCACCCCAAACCAACCAUCAACAAUUCAGACACUGCCUACACCUGUGCUCCUAAAGUUGAUAUCAUGUUCAUGAAGACCCACAAAACAGCCAGCAGCACCUUCCUUAACAUACUUUUCCGAUUUGGAGAGAAACACCAGCUCAAAUUUGCUUUUCCCGAAAGCAGAAAUGACUUCUUCUACCCAUCUCUUUUCCAGCGCUCCCAGGUUAAAGACUACAGACCGGGAAUGUGUUUCAAUAUUAUUUGUAAUCACAUGCGCUUCAAUGCACCUGAAGUGUCCAAGUUGCUGCCUGUGGACACAUCCUACAUCACCAUUCUGCGAGACCCUGCAGAGCUUUUUGAAUCCUCCUUCCACUACUUUGGCCGCCUGGUGCCUUUUACUUGGAAGAUACCAGGUGAUGACAAGCUGACUGAGUUCCUACGUGAUCCCCACAAGUACUUUGAUCCAGAGAGUUUCAACUCUUACUACCUCAAGAAUCUGCUGUUUUUUGACUUUGGACUGGACAACUCUCUGGAUAUGAAUGAUCCGCGAGUGGAAGAAGGAAUCAAAUUCAUCAGUGACCGUUUUCAGCUGGUCAUGUUAGUGGAACACUUUGAGGAAUCACUCAUCCUGCUAAAGGAUGCCCUCUGCUGGGAGAUGGAUGAUUUGCUCUUCUUUAAGCUCAAUAUCCGUAAGGGAUCCACUGUGUCUAAAUUUACUCCUGAGCUGAGAGCUAGAGCCCUUGAGUGGAAUGCUAUUGAUUGGAAGCUAUACCAGCAUUUUAAUCAAACUUUCUGGAAGAAAGUAGAUGCGUACGGGCGGAAGCGUAUGGCUGCGGAUGUGGCAGAGCUCAAGAAGAGGAACAAAGAGAUGACAUCUAUCUGCAUUGAGGGUGGCCAUGCUGUAGAAGCUGGCAGCAUCCAAGAGACAGACAUGCAGCCCUGGCAGCCAAUCGGAGAGAAGUCUAUCAUGGGCUAUAAUUUAAAAAAGAAUAUAGACAAAGCACAUCGGAAGCUGUGUCGCAAGAUGUUAAUGCCUGAGAUUCAGUACUUAACAGAGCUUGGGGUGAACCUUUGGAUUACCAAGUUGUGGGGCCAUGUCCGAGAUAUAAUUAACUGGUAACUGAGUGUGUGAGCACCAGAGGCCAAUUUAAAUCUGAAACACUGUAUUAAGAAUUACUGCAUGGCUGAUAGAAUGGGAGGUUAAUGACGUAUCAUAUUUCCUGUCUCUUUGCCUGUUUGAAUUGUACAUCAUUGUGCACUGUGAUGUACAUCAUGAGAGCUUAUGAAAAAAAAAAAGUUAUGCUCUACAAAUACUGAAUCAGUUUACUGCAUGCAGCCGAGGCUUAGUAUUCUCCACUAUGAGUCCAUUUAAUUGUUCUUACUCCCAGAUGUCAGCUUGUUCUAAUGGAGCACUUGACGUAACUAUGAAGUUCACAAUGACGUUCUAAAGCAUGUUGAUGGAUUGAUAAGAAAUAUUUAUUUACAUCCCUGAGAAACUUCUGAGCAUUUUGAAAACAUGGCAGGAAUAUCAGUUGGUUUGAAGUAAAUGAAGUCUUUGAUGUUCACCUGAAAAAGUCAAAACAUUUCACUGACUGAUUCCCCACUAAGGACUGAAAUAUAUGUGAAAAUAUGCAACAAAUCUGUGGAGGACAAAAUCAGUCAUGAUGUUAAAAAGUAUGUGAGUAUCUCUCUCUCUCUCUUAUUUAUAUAUAUGUAUGUAUGU